CCAACUUUCAGACUACACUUUUCGGUUCUUGCCCAUCUGUUGCAUCGACUCACCAAUUGAACAACUUUAAAAUUAAAUUGGAGGAGCUGAAAUAGGCUACAGAGAGGAAGCAAGAUUGUGAGCAGCAGUCAAGAGUUGAGAGUUAAGACCAGUCCUCUGGAAGAAGCAGAAAGAUGAAACGCCUAAAUGACCGUAAUGUUCUGGAGACAUACUUUAAAGGACAGCAUUUGAGCUUGUCUGACCUAAAAGAAGAGGAUAUAACAAAUGGGUAUCUAUUUAAGAACAACAUCCCUGCUUAUCCUGAAUCUGUAGAAUUCCAAGUACAGAAGUUGUCCCAUGUCACUGGGAAACAUGGGCUUGAGGGUAUUUUUCAUGAUUCAGGAUUUAAACAGCCAUCAAACACAUCCCAUUUUCUCUGGUGGGCAUUAUCAGUGUCACCUGAUGACAUACGCUCUGCCGAGCAACGUUUUCUGGCGUCCUUAUUUCCUCAUACCCAAAUUUACAACCCACAGCCCUUUCUUGAAUACUUCACCACCUCCAAGGCCUUCCAGAAAGAAUCUCCGUAUGGAAACUUCUGCUUCACAUUUUCAUUUCGAGACCUCCUGCGUCUCUAUGGUGCCCAGUUCUGUACUGGCACUCCAGUUCUGCGGGUUUAUGAGACGGUGUUGUACCGGCGAAAGAUUCUCUAUACCAUCGUUGUGCAUCCUCGCAACAUACAUCUUUAUGACAGUUAUCCACGACUUCCUGAUAUUGGUGAUGGUGUGUGUGGGUACCGUGAUUAUAACAUUUGGUGGCAUUGUCAGGCCCCCUCAGAAACCUACAGGCAUAGGCUUAAUGUAAACCGGUGGAAUUCCAGUGUUUAUGUAACCCCCUCUGAUGAAAAAUAUUAUGUGUGGGAUCAUGUGUGUGUAGUCUUUCACAUGGAGCCAGAAUGGGUGUUGAAUGUGGAACCGAACAAGCUAUUUCAAAAAGUUAGUGUGUGUGAAGUGUCUCAGCCCUGUCUCCUAAAACCCCCAGAGACUCCACUGAGUUUUCAUGAGGCUAAGAAUAUUCUAGACAAUCUCAAAGCCAGUAAGGGCUGGGGCUUUUAACUAGGAGGUCCAAUGUGGAUGAGCUAUUAUAUUUACAUGAAAUAAUGAAGAAUAUUGAUGUCACUUGGGCUAGUUACACCAUUGACCACACCACUUACUUUAAAGGAAUAGUCU